GCACUUUUUCCCCCAAAAAAGGGGGGAAAAUGUCAGUGCAUCUUAUGGAGCGAAUAUAAAGUGGCCGGUCCGGUAUUUUCUGCCUCCACCAUGUCAGAAUACCAGGCUGGCCGCUCAGCUGUUCUCUGCGGCAGGAACUCACCUGUUCCUCGGUCCAGCGCUGUAGUCUUCCCGCGCCGGCUUCUUCCCGCCCCGGCAUCUGUGACAGCCGGGUGCCCACUGCGCAUGCGCGAGAAGCGCUGCGGUUUGUGAAUGGUCGGUGUCUUUUGGGACAUGCAACAGGUCCCAAAAGACGCCGGGCCAUUCACAUAGCGCAGCGCUUCUCGCACAUGCGCAUCUCUGGUCCAUCUCCUGUACUGUGUCCGCAGUCUCUGGUCCAUCUCCUGUACUGUGUCCGCAGUCUCUGGUCCAUCUCCUGUACUGUGUCCGCAGUCUCUGGUCCAUCUCCUGUACUGUGUCCGCAGUCUCUGGUCCAUCUCCUGUACUGUGUCCGCAGUCUCUGGUCCAUCUCCUGUACUGUGUCCGCAGUCUCUGGUCCAUCUCCUGUACUGUGUCCGCAGUCUCUGGUCCAUCUCCUGUACUGUGUCCGCAGUCUCUGGUCCAUCUCCUGUACUGUGUCCGCAGUCUCUGGUCCAUCUCCUGUACUGUGUCCGCAGUCUCUGGUCCAUCUCCUGUACUGUGUCCGCAGUCUCUGGUCCAUCUCCUGUACUGUGUCCGCAGUCUCUGGU